AUGGCGACCCCCUUGAAGAAGCCCGUCGAGCAGUAUGACGAGUCGCACUACCACCGCAUCCGCAUCACCCUGACCAGCCGCAACGUCAAGAACCUCGAGAAGGUCUGCGCUGAUCUCAUCAGGGGUGCCAAGAACCAGGACCUCAAGGUCAAGGGUCCCGUCCGUCUCCCCACCAAGCACCUCCGCAUCACCACCAGGAAGACCCCCUGCGGUGAGGGUACCAAGACUUGGGAUCGCUUCGAGAUGAAGAUUCACAAGAGGCUCAUCGAUCUGCACUCGCCCUCUGAGGUCGUGAAGCAGAUCACCUCCAUCAGCAUUGAGCCCGACGUGCAGAUUGAGGUGACCAUGGCCCACACUGCCUAA